GACCGGAGCUGCUCCGGCCCGGGCCUGUCCCAGCCCCCGCCGCCGCUGCCCCUUCCCCCUUCCCCGCGGCCGCCAUGAAAAAAUUCUUUCAGGAGAUCAAGGCGGACAUCAAGUUCAAGAGCGCGGGGCCCGGGCAGAAACUCACGGACACGGCGGGGGAAAAAGUCCCCAGGGAAAGGCAGAGCCAGCAAGUAACCAAGCAAGCCCGCCAAGGACCAACCAAUGAGGCCCAAAUGGCAGCAGCGGCGGCGCUGGCCAGGCUGGAGCAGAAGCAACCGCGGUCCCGGGGACCCACGUCCCAAGAUGCCAUUCGGAACCAAGUGAAGAAGGAAUUACAAGCAGAGGCCACCAUUAGUGGGAGUACUGAUUCUUCUGGAGCAAAUAUGGUACCCAAGGCUAAGGAGGAGGGAUCUUCAAACCUGUCUGUGAGUGGGGUUUAUUUUACCUGCCCCUUCACUGGAGCCAUCUUGAGAAAAGACCAGCGGGAGUUCCAUAUCAAAGAGGCCAUUAACAAGCACUCAGACAAAGACCCAGUGGCUGCUUCCAUCAUGAAGAUCCAUACGUUCAACAGGGACCGAGAGAAAGUGAAGUUGGGAGUGGACACCAUUGCUAAGUACCUAGACAACAUCCAUCUUCACCCAGAAGAGGAGAAAUACAGGAAAAUCAAAUUGCAAAACAAAGUGUUUCAGGAGCGGAUCAACUGCCUAGAAGGGGCUAAUGAGUUUUUCGAGGCCAUUGGGUUUGAGAAGAUGACUCUCCCUAUUCCAGAACAAGAGACUUCUGAGGAGUACUAUGUGCUGAGUGAGGAUGCCCUGGCCCAGGUAGAGAAGCUGGAACAGCACAAAGUCGCCCUGCAGAACUCGGAGCCGGUGCGGGCUCAGCUGGCCCGGCAGCAACGAGUCUUCAAGCCCUCCCCUCUGGCUGCCCAGUUUGACCUACCUGGGGACUUCUUCAACCUCACAGCAGAGGAGCUCAAACGGGAGCAGAAGCUAAGGACGGACGCUGUGGAACGGCUGAGUGUGCUUCGGACCAAAGCCAUGCGGGAGAAGGAGGAACAGCGGGAAAUGCGAAAAUACACGUAUACCCUCUUACGGGUUCGCUUUCCAGAUGGGCACAUCCUCCAGGGUACCUUCUAUGCUCGGGAGCGGCUGUCUGCACUCUACAGCUUUGUGAGGGAGGCGCUGCAGAAUGACUGGCUGCCCUUUGAACUGCUUCCCGCAGGCGGGCACAAACUGUCUGAUGAAAAUCUAGCCUUCAACGAAUGUGGGCUGGUGCCUUCAGCUCUUCUGACUUUUACUUGGGACACAGGCGUCUUGGAAGACAUCAAGGCAUCGGGGGCUGAGCAGUCCCCGGAAAUUCUGAAACCUGAACUUCUUGCAACUGUGGAAAACCUCGCAUGAAAUAAAACCAGGCUUGGCCUCGGCCCCAUUGGUUCUGUUUCAUGCUCCUCCCCUCCUGUAACUCCUCACCUUGUCCUUCUGUCUCCCAGAUUCCAAGCAGAAACUGCCUGAUUCUCAUGGCCUUUUGCUUGGGGAGGCGGGCCAUAAGUGGAGGUGGAAUUAGUUCAAAAAUGAGAAGAGUUGCCCUCUCAACAUAGGCAGACUAGGAUGUAUGGUAGCCCUUUCCUUGCACCCUGACACUUUGGUUUUGGGACCAUGGGGUCAUAAGAGCUUCCCCUGAUCCCAGAGAACAUGGCUGGAUAUAACUUUGCGGAGGCUCCCCACCUAUCUUGGAAAAGCCGAAUUUAUGCUGCUUUUUGUAUACAUGAUUUUAAAACUUGCUGUAAGUAGCUAUUAAUGUACAGUUUAUUUAACUGAAGGUAUAGUUUGAGUAGAGAGAUGCUGGUCAUUUCAUUGGUGGGGGAGCAAGUCUAGGGCAUGAGGGAAGGACUUCCUUGGCUGAUGGGAUCUACUUCAGAACUGGGUUCAAAUACUCUCUUAUGUUCUUGUUGUAUAUAAAACGGACAAAGAUGCAACUGGUAUGUCACUACAUGAUACCUGUAAACACUAAAUUAUGAACUUGAUUAAAUAGAAUAUUUGAAUACAA